ACCACUGGAGGCUUCCCCAUGGGACUGAAACUGUUCCAGCCCCGGCAGGCUUGCAGAAUACCCAGCUGCCACCGGGGUUUCCUGAUUCUGCAUACUAACCUAUGUAAAGCUGUAUGGAGUCAGGAGAUGGAACUACAAUCUCAUAACUUGAAAGCAUAUUUCGUUUAAGAAGGAAAACAGCUGAGAGAGCCACAAGUUGGAACGGGAAAUCAAAAUCAUGGCUACAAAACCCAAGCUUUACUACUUUAAUGGAAGAGGCCGAAUGGAAACGAUAAGAUGGCUUUUGGCAACAGCUGGGGUUGAGUUUGAAGAAGCUGAAUAUUUGGAAACAAGAAAACAAUAUGAAAAGUUACUUCAGGAUGGAUCCCUGCUGUUUCAAGAAGUGCCCAUGGUAGAAAUUGACGGAAUGAAGAUGGUGCAGACCAGAGCCAUUCUCAACUACAUAGCAGGGAAACACAACCUCUAUGGGAAGGACCUGAAGGAGAGAGCACUGAUUGAUAUGUAUGUUGAAGGAACAAUGGACCUGAAUGAAAUGAUCAUGCUUUACCCUUUCUCAUCUCCUGAGGAAAAGGAGAAGAAUUUUGCCUUAAUGAUUCAGAGGGCAACCAACAGAUACUUCCCAGUGUAUGAGAAGGUUUUAAAAGCUCAUGGACAAGAUUUUCUUGUUGGCAACCAACUCAGCAGGGCAGACGUACAAGUACUUGAAUCCAUUUUAAUGAUUGAAGAGUAUGAGCCCACUGCUCUCUCAGAAUUUCCUCUAUUACAGAUGCAUGGGCAGCAGAUUCAGAAGAUCUUGUGUCUAUUCCCAAAUCUACCACUGACUCACUGUGUCCUUGGAUAAGUCGUGUUCAUCUCGUUGAGCAUCAGCAUCACAACCUGGCUGAGACCCACUCUUUGGAUGGACAAGAGUCUGUUGUGAUUGGAUCUGACUGCUGACUCCCAUGUGCUUCCAAGACCUCUAGAUCUGUGUAGUGAUUGAGCCAAUGCUUACAGGAAGAGAAAUUUGGUUAUUUUUCGUACUUUACAUGAGGUAUAAGUGCACACGGCACACCUGGUCAAGACACAAGUGAUGCUGCUCCCCACUGAGGUACAAAUGCCCUGUAAUAUUCAUUGUAGCUGAAAAUCAUUGUAGGAACCUAUCUAUUUUUCUCUGCACUUUCUCCAUGCCUGUAGGGGAAAUAUAGUACAAGUUAAGACUGAGAAAUAGCUCAAUUUUGUUUUGCACAUUAUAGGGAAUAGCCAAACACCCGUGCCUCCUGGUAUAGUUUGCAAGCCCUUCCACUUCUGUACCGCUUCUGGGGGGGGGGGGGGGAGACUAAAACUGCAUAUUUAUUCACCAGGAAUCUCGCUUCUGCUCUUUGCUUUUUGGACUAAGACCAUUCUUUGCCUCCUACUCACCAGCCUCGGCAUAACAUCAUCAAGAAUAAGGACCACCUAAGAGGGAUGUAGAGAGGAUUACUGUCUAGCUUGCUCCCCAUAACUAUCUUCAAAAACAAACCCAGAACAUACGCCAACCAUACCACACCACCCAACCGAACAGCAUGAAAGCAGAUACAGUAGAUUGAAAUCCAAAUACACCCAGCACCCUUUGUAUACACAGACCACUUCUCAUUCUUGGGGGAAGCUCAGAGAUGGGAAGCAAAGUCAGCUCAGGGAAGCAAGGUCACAUAUACAUACUAAAAAAAGCUAUCAUGACUUGUCUGGGAUAUGAAUAAUAAGUGAUGGGGUUUUUCCCCCUGCUCCCACCUGCAACAGCCAGACUAUUAAGGACAGGGCCUCUAUGUACUGCUGAGAGGCUGAUCAACCUGAAGGGACCAAAAAGAAAGAUUUGCGAUGAGACAUUUGCAGAACUCAUGACAGAGUCACAGGGGAAACCAGGCUGGCUGAGAGGUGGAGGCUGUACAUAAGGACACAGAGGGAGAAAGAAAUGCAGCUCUCCCAAGAGAUUGUAGCAGUAGCCAAGGCCAGCAUCACCAUGGUGAAGGAGAGCAUGGAAAAAGACAGAGAGAUGCAGAGGCAAGUCAUGGAUGCUAGCCUGAGCCAGAAUCUCUUCUACAAAACAUGCUUUUCUAGGCCAGCAGGCCCUUCAGUCCCUUAAAUUGGGAACCAGACAUGCCCUUCAGCCCCUAGAUAAUGCUGGCUACUGGGACCUUCAGCAACUUCUAACCUCCACAUCCCCACAGCAGUGCUCCUAGUGGUUCCCAUUGACCUCUCAGAUCCAGCUUCUAAGCACAGAGAGCACUAGCACAUGGCGGCUCAGCUCUUUUGAGCCCUGCAAAGUCCCUGAGAAUUUUGAGCCAAGGGUGGGGGGGGGGAAGGAUUAGCUCAGUGGUUUGAGCAUUGGCCUGCUAAACCCAGGGUUGUGAGUUCAGUCUUUGAGGGGGCCACUUAGGGAUCAGGGGCAAAAUCAGUACUUGGUCCUGCUAGUGAAGGCAAGGGGCUGGACUUGAUGACCUUUCAGGGUCCCUUCCAGUUCUAUGAGAUAGGUAUAUCUCCAUAUAUUAACUAAACCCCAGAACUUAGGUGGACAAGAAGAAUCAGAGGCAAGGCUUUUACUCCUCUUUAACUUUAUGCACCAUCACCUCGCACUUGUUGUAUGUGACAUUUUUCUUACUGUUGUACUUUGAGCUCAGUUUCAAAAGUCCAAACAAAUCCUUGACUACCAUUCUGCAACUAUUCAGGUGAUAGUUAAAAUGUUCCUUCCUUCUGUCCAAACAGCCUGUGUAUGGCUUCAUUAGCCAUGGCAUCCAGGGAUAAACCAGGUCUUCCAGAAUAACUGAUUGAUCCUAGCAUCGUGAACUUUCCCAGACCACCAUUAAUGUCUGUGAGCCUGCGGCAGUGAUCCACCAAGCCUUUCUGUUUAGCAGAAGCCUGACCAGUAUACAUUUAUAACCCAGUCCGCCCCCACUCAAUGUGGAGAGGACAGGCAGAAAUUUUUGUUCUUGAGCUGAGGUUUCCCAAGUGCUUCCAGCAAAAUACACUGUUUUAGGUAAAACAUAAAACAGGUUUAUUAACUACAGAAAGAUGGAUUUUAAGUGAUUAUAAGUGGUAGGCAUGAUGGAUAGAGAAGGUUACCAAAGAAAAUAAAAAUAAGCACACAAUCUAAGUUCUAUAAACUAACAGGAUUUGAAUCAAGCGGAGUGUCCCCUUGAUAUAGUACAAGCUGGUUACAGAUCGUCAAUACACAGGCUGGAAUUCUCCUCCAGCCCGGGACCACCUUCCCCCUUUCAGUCUUUGUCCUCCAGAUGUGUUUCCAGGUGUGGAGUUGUGGGGGCAAUGAGGCCAAGUGAUUAUGUCACUUCCUCUCUUUUAUAGUUUCUUCCAGCUUGCUGGAAAGAGCCUUUGCUUGUGACAUAGGGGUCCGUCCACCUCCAUUGGUCAAGCAUUCUCCAUUGUCUAUGUGCUAUCUUUGAGAAGUCUCCAUUGUAUACAGCUCCUAGGAUGACCCUUGGGAGUGUGGAUUCCCUUUGAUGAGCCAUCAGCGUGUCUGGCUCCUCCACUGUAGUACAUGAAAGGCUGGUUGUGGGUGUUCCCAACCUCUCAACAUACAGUAUUUCAGUAACACACACAUAGCAAAACUUCAUCAUUUCACAUACAAUGAUAACACAUAUAAUCCAACAAGAUAU